AAAUAACGAGAAAGCAGUGGUGUGUCUAUGUUCCAUCGUUCGAGGAAGCCAAGCGAGUUUUACUAGUUUUGUAGACCUGGAAUUGACCUGUGAAGGGAUGACCUGCCGUUUUUGACCUAUAAUAUCUCUUGCUUCUGGCGUUUUCUACUGUCACUUUCUUAUCCUGAAACAUCCACUACCUUAAACCGGUAAGGUCCCCUGGCGGCAGAGGGAGGAAAGUAGGUCACAUAGAUGAGAUGUAAGAAGCCAAAUUUGCUACAGGGAAUCUCAUGAUUUCUUAAGGACGUGGUUCAUAGCAGCAAAACACUGACUUCGAAAACGAGACCACGUAAGACAAGUGCCUACACAUCAUAGCCUUCAACACAAUCGUCGGGUAGCCAUCAACAACACAAUAAUGUUUUUGCGUCUUCUGGUGAUUAUUUUUUUCAACUCAGCUGUUCUUCUUACGUCAGACUGUUCUUCUCAUGUGUUGCGCAAGAGACAAGUUUCCCGACGAGAGCCACAAUCUAGAUAUCUAAGGAGAAACCCCAACCGUAACCGUAUAGCUGCACCGACUAAAGAACCUGAUUACUACUACUAUUAUUAUGACGAUGGUGAUGACUACUACGUAGAUUACCUUGACCAUACUACAACUACUACUACGACUACUACAACAACGACACCUCCGCCACCUAGACGACGUUUUCGCGGUCGCUUUCGCCGUCCUGGACGUCGGUUCAGAGUAGGAAAUGGUGAUAAUGAAGGGUCGUAUAUAAGGAGGCCAUUAGGCAGGAGAAGGGGUAGAAUAUCUGUUUCAAACCAUCAGGAAACAAAUACUACAAAUAUAUCCACUACUACGGUUAUCACUACAACAACAACCUCUGCCCCCACCACCACUCGUAGAUACUAUCCACCAAGAUACGACGGUCGAUACAUCGAUUACUUGUCUGAUCCCAACAUUCCCCGAGAGCUCAAUGGCGUCGACUUGAACGGUUAUCCUUUCUAUCCCAUCAUUCCAGAUAACAUCAUCUUUGACUGCGAUGACCGUCAUGAUGGCUAUUAUGCUAGUGUGCCACACAGAUGUCAGCUCUUCCAUUACUGUUUCGGAGGGCAAAGGUUCGACUUCCUCUGUCCUAACUACACUCUUUACGAUCAACAAACGUUUACAUGCAGAUUUGUAAAUAAGGUUGACUGCGCCUCAUCUGAACUCUUUUACAAUAAAAACGACGCCCUCUAUGCGGAAACAACAACAUUACCUGACGUAGAGCAGGAAGGAAGGCGAAGAUCUAGAAAACAUAAAAAUAAAGAAAAAAAUGAAGAAGAUGAGGAAUAUUAUGAAAAACAUAAAAAUAUAGAAAAAGAUGAAGAAUAUGAGGAAUAUUAUGACGAUGAAUGAGAGCUUGAAAAAGACAAUAAAGAUAGAUAUUUUUUAUUCUUACUUGGUCGUACAAUGGAAAUUGAUUUUUAUAUGUCGCCACCCCCCAAAAAUUCCUUUACAGUUUAACACUGAAAUAGAAUAUUAAGAGUUUAUCGUGUAAUAUUUUGUUCUAUCUCCACAACACAAUUUUAAUAGUACAACUUAUUAAAGACUGUUACAUAUAUCUGUUUCAGUAUCGAACAAGAUGUUUGAAGAUUCUGUAGACUCUGAGUGUAGAGAAUUCUACAAUUAAAUCUCAAUCUUUCUUUAACAUUAUUUGAUUGAACAAAAAAUGUGGAUCAGCAUAAAACAAAAUUAAUGCCCUGACCAAAAGCUUAGUUUAAGUGUUUAUUUAAGAUUUGUUUAAGUUAUAAAAUAUCCUAAGUGUUACAUCAACAAAAUUGUAAGAUUUACUCAUUAUGAUUAUUUGCUUUCUAAGAUGAUUGAUCAAUAUUAUAUGCUAGAAUUGUCUUAAAUAUUGUUGAAUUCCUUUAAUGAAUCAGCAUUCAUGAAACUUUUUGGAUAAACUUUAGAAGUAUAAAUUGAAUUAAUUUUAUAUUAGUUAAGCUAUUAUUAUCAGUUAAAAUUUUCACAGAGAUAUCAUCCUUGAAAUGUUACUUAUCUUUGCUUUUUGAAAUGAACCGCUAUUUAAACAAAAAUAACUUUCAUAGUUUAUUCAAUGUAAAUAAAAAUAUCUGUAAGACAUUUUGUAACUCUUACAUGGAACGUAAUUGGUCUACA